AAUGGCGACUUACAGACUGGAUUUUGGGCUGUAAUCAACAUGCAGAUAACAUCUCUCUCCUUUCUGAAUACUCUACACCUAUUUUAGCGCAAGAUGGCAUCAAAUAACAACACACAUUUUCAAAGGCCAGCAGUAGUGCAGCGAGGCCCAAGGCCGCCAGGAAUGAUGCCUUUUUCCCCACCCCCUGGUAUGCCUAACCAAGUGAUGGCUGGCCGACCGCUCCACCCACCCCAGUUUCAGCAGGCCCAGGCUGCUGCUCAAUUACGACCCUUCCCAAACCAUCCUUUCAUGUCGCAAAGACAGCUUGGCCAUCAGAUGCUUGGUCAAGGAGCCCAGAAUCCAGUCAGUAUAGGCUUUCCUGUUGUGCCCCAAAUGGGGAUAAUGCCACCCCGUGCUCCGUUUAUCAACCCAAACAUGAUCCCCUGGGGGUCAGGCUCCCUAUCUCAGUCAAUCAGGGUCCCUGGACCUUUUCCCAAUGUUCCCCCAUCAGUACCCAACAUGAACCAUGGACAGGGUUCAGUUCCUCGUCAGAUGCCACCCCAAACUGUAGGAUCUCAGAUGCAAGGUCAGAGUGCUAACCAAGGCAUGACCCAGGCUCUGAACCAACUUGUUAAAAAUGCAGGAAACAACCAGCGAUGGAGUCGUAGCAAAAAUGAACGAAGGGCUGAUAGUAGCAGCACUGCCAUAUCUUCCUCGGAUAACGAUGGCAAUUCAUGCACCAGCAGUCAUGUGUCCGAGUCAGAUAGAGACAGGUCCAAGCCCUCCCGCCACAGGGACCGAGAUCAUGACCGACAUAGACGGAACAGGGGAGAUAACUCUAGUCGGAGCCGUGACAUGGAGAGGGGCAGAUUUACCCAUUUGAGGUCAUCAAGCAGAGAGAGCACUCACAGCCGAGACAGUAAUCAUGGCAGAGAGAGCAGAAAGAAUAGAGAGAGCAGAGAGAGUAGCCACAGCAGAGACGCCGGGGAUAGGAGGAGAAAUGAGAGUUCAGACAGGAGGCGACGUGAUGAUGGUACAAGUCCUGCAUCUGACAGCAGCCGCUCGGGGAGGUCCCAGUCCUACAAGCGACCCCGGUGGCAGGAUGAUCGAGAGAGAGAACGUGACAGGAGCAGGGACCACAAGAGGUCAAGGCAUGACGGAGGUGAACGCUCCGGGCGAAGGAGGGACCACCGACCUCCACCCGAUGAUGAUGAGGAGGAGGAUCUUGCCCUCCCAUGUACAAGCAGCAGCCGGGAUGAGGUCCCAGACAGGCCUGACCCCGGGGUUCGGGAGGAUGACACUCCGGCCUGGGUCAGAUGUUCCCCUGCAGAUCUCUACUUCACGCGGGAAACGAAGUCUGGGUGCCUUGUGGCCACGAAGAAGAUGAUUGACUUGGAAGACAAGUUUGAGAAGGAGCUGCUUACCAGGGCCAGAGAGGUUAUCGCAGCACGACCUGUGGUGGAAGAGCCUCCUCGUCCAGAGCCCAGACUCACCCAUCACCAUCACCAUCAUCAUCAUCAUCAUGGGCACUCCGAUUCUGACUCAGAGAGCAGCAGUAGCAGCAGUGGUAGCAGCUGUGGAUCUGGUUUGGAGUCGGAUGAUUCUGAUGAUGACACCACUCUGUGGCUGGAGGAACUGAACAGGAAGAAGAAGCAUCCCCAUCGACUCCACGAGGAGCUGUGGUUUAACGACACUGGAGAGAUGAAUGACGGACCCCUCUGCCAGUGCAGCAUUAAGUCCAGGAAAACCGGCAUCAGACACAACAUCUUCCCCGGAGAGGAGAUGCUGAAGAAAUGCGACAUGGAGAGCAACAGCCUCAACAUGCUGCAUCAUUACAGGAUCACGAUGUCUCCCGCUACAAACUUCCUGACCAAAUGCCUGACUGUGAUAGAGUACGACAACCAUGAAUACAUCUUUGAGGGAUUCUCGCUGUUUUCGCACCACAAGCUAGAGAAUAUUCCUCCUUGUAAAGUGAUUCGGUUCAACAUAGAGUACACUAUACACUUCUUCGAGGAACAGAUACCGGAGAAUUUCACGGUCCGCAGCCUCGACUUGUUCAAUGACUUCCUGUUCUCUGAGCUGCUGGAGCUGGUGGACAUCGACUGGAAGUCGGCAGGCAGCACCGACUCCUGCAACAUCUUUCAUCUCAUGCCCAGAUUCGCCAGAUCUCUGCCAGAUAAUGGCAAGGAGCUGCUGUCGAUGAACGAGGUGCUUGGGUUCUUGCUGCAGAGCUCCAAACCUCUGCUGGAGGAGACAGAACUUGCCCACAUCCUCAAGUUCUCCAACCACGAGUGGCAGAAUAUGGUGGAUGAAGUCUGGAAAGCAAGUGAUUGUGGGGAUGAUUGUGACAUUGUAUAUCCUGGCAAGAAGCCAAGCUCAAUACGUAUCGACCAGCUGGAUCGUCAGCAGCAGGAGAAUGAUGUCAUCAAGUACCCUCUCAUCAUCCACUUCGGGGUGAGACCUGCACAGCUCAGCUACGCUGGAGACCCAGCCUACCAGAAGGCAUGGAAGCAGUAUGUGAAGUACAAGCACCUGCUCAACUCAAAGCCGAAGGUGACAGCCAACGACAAACUGAAGCUGGAGCUGAAGGUGCAGCAGCUGCAGGAGCUGAGGAUGAAGAGCACAAUGAAGCGUGAAGUGACAGUCGAGAUCAGCAGUGAGGGGUUCAUCAGGACAGGGGUUCGAUCUGACGUCUGUCAGCACGCCAUGUUGCUAUCGGUCCUGUUCUGUCACCUGAGGUUCCACCGAUGCCUGGGCGCCUUGGAGGAUCAUCCAUAUAGAUUCAAAGACAGGGGACUCCUACAGCUUGCACUGACCCACACAUCAUACCGUGUCAACUAUGGGACGAACCCCGACCACGCCCGUAACUCGCUGGCCAACUGCGGGAUGAGGCAGGUGGAGUACGGAGACAGGAAGAUACACUAUGUCCACACCAGGAAGAGAGGAAUCAACAUAUUAAUUGACAUCAUGUCCCGCAUGGGCAACAAGCAGGAGUCCAUGUCAAUGAUACCACACAACGAGAGGCUAGAGUUCCUUGGAGAUGCCGUCGUAGAGUUCCUGUCCAGUGUUCAUCUGUUCUACAUGUUUCCAUGGCUGGAAGAGGGAGGCUUGUCAACUUAUAGAACAGCCAUUGUUCAGAAUCAACAUCUGGCUGUUCUAGCAAAGAAACUCCACCUGCAAGACUUCAUGCUGUAUGCACACGGACCUGACCUGUGCCAUGAGUCCGAUCUCCGCCAUGCAAUGGCCAACUGCUUCGAGGCUGUCAUGGGGGCGCUGUUCAUUGAUGGAGGCAUCGAACUUGCGGACGAGAUCUUUGCACGCACCCUGUUUGAGGAGGAGCACUUGUUGAGUGUUUGGAAUGAUCUCCCCUUGCAUCCACUGCAGGAAGAGGAGCCGAAUGGUGACAGGCACUGGAUAGAAUCCAGCUUUGUCUUACAGAAACUCUUGAAAUUUGAAGAGUCCAUUGGAGUAAAUUACACCCACAUCCGUCUCCUGGCCAAGGCUUUCACUCUGAGGAACGUGGGCUACAACCUUCUCACACUUGGUCACAAUCAGAGACUUGAGUUUCUAGGAGAUACAGUUCUGCAACUGGUGGCGUCAGAGUACCUGUUCCGACACUUCCCCGAACAUCAUGAAGGUCAUCUGUCGCUGCUUAGGAGCUCACUGGUAAACAACCGCACUCAGUCUAUUGUGUGUGACGACCUUGGCAUGUCUGCGUACGUCAUCUAUGACAAACAGGGUCGUGAGAAAAUCGAAAUGAAAACUAAGGAAAAAGCCGAUCUCUUGGAAGCUUUGCUGGGUGCCCUGUUUGUGGACAAAGACCUGAAGUAUUGUGAGGUGUUCUGCAACGUCUGUUUCUUCCCCCGGCUAAAGAUGUUCAUCAUGAAUCAGGACUGGAAUGACCCCAAGUCUCAGUUACAACAGUGUUGUCUAACCCUGAGAGAGCUGGAUGGUGGAGAGCCAGACAUUCCUGUCUACAAGGUCAUAGAGUCCCGUGGUCCGACCAACACAAGGCAGUACGUGGUGGCAGUGUACUUCCGGGGUGAGCGGCUAGCCACUGGCAUGGGGCACAGCAUACAGCGGGCAGAGAUGAAGGCUGCCACUAAUGCUUUACAGAACAGAGCAGAAUUGUUCCCUAUAUUGGCUCAUCAGAAACGUUACCUGCAGACAGCAUACAAACGGAAACGAAAACAGAGCAAGCGACAAGGUGACAGUUCAUAUGACUGAGAAAGUACAAGACCUGUACAAAAGAAACAAACAUGCACAGAAAACGAUGCUUGGGGAAGGAAUCGGCCUUCUUUUGUUUGGAACAUGAAGCCAAAUGAAAGGCUUUCUGUUGUCUGGAGCACAAUACUACGAAAAGGGAAAGGCCUCCUCAUGUUGACAAUGUAAAAUUAUAUAAGCAAAACCUGAGGAAAAUCCUCAAUGUUAUGUUAACAUCAAAGUAAGGGAAAGCUUUCUCAUGUCCAGAAGACACCAUGGGAAACUCUUUCUCAUACAUGGAACACAAAACUUAAUGAAAGGAUACCUAGUGUCCGAAACACACACCAAUGAGAAAUGAAAGACUUUGGUCCUCUGAAACCCUGAAAAUAUGGAGAAAGGACUCGUCAUGUCUGGUCCACAGAACAAAGGGGAAGGUCAUGGACCUAAAGGAAGGGAAAGA